AAAUGAGGUCUAAAACAGUCAUAGCUCACACUCCCAAUUUAAUCUCACUCUCGCCACUUUAAAAAAUAUUACUACAGACUUGUGUUGCGCUCACGAUUACGCGAUUUUUGUUUAUACAACAACUCGUGAGUAUCACUUGUUUGUACGUACAUGGUAUGUAAACAUUUCAGUGGCACAUACUCGGAGCUCGACAGUAUCUGAUAAGGCCGUGCAGUUGAAGCAAUUUCAUAGUUCAUUUACGAAUAACUAUUUUGUUGACAAUUAAAAUUAUUUGACGACUAUGUAAUAGAGGCAUUGCAAGAAAAAAGUGACAACUACUUAACUUACAGCCAUUCUUCACUCUAACAUGUGCUAUACUAUUAGGUCGUAUCGAUGAAAUGUUAUAGUCGGUGUGUGGUGGAUUUCCAUUAACUAGUUCUUUUGUAAAGAUAUCCGUAUUGUGCUUACUUUUUCGAAAAAUAUAAUAUUGGAUUAUUGUCUAAUUUCAUGACUUCGUCAUAGCGUGCACUUUCUAACGCGAUACAGUAAAUGAAUGAUAAUAAUCGCGAUAGUUUCUAGGUGGCUACCGAAUGCUAAAAACCGCCACCGUAAGUUAACUUACUUGUUGUGAUCAUUUUGAAGGCUAUUCGAAGGCAAGCGGAGCCACUUGACAUUGUUAAGGGCUAAACGGAGAGGCCAAGGGCAUGACGUCGCUUAUGGCAUUGCCGAUGCUUCAUCAAUAUCCAUAGUUCUGCAAGAAAUGAUGAGUUUCGUUCAGAUAAAUAUCUAAAAUAAAAUAAAAAUUCCAUACAAGAACUGAAUUUGAUAGAAUGGAUUUCACAAGUGCCUACCCUAAUUUGUCGAAUGAGGGCGGAGAACAUAAAACGGAAUUCUCUCCGACGGUUUUAACAUUUGCUGGAGUUGUAACCUUUAUUAUAAUGAUCGUAGGUAUAUUUGGGAAUUUUCUUACCGUCGCUGCUUUGUACAAAUGUCCGAAAGUUCGAAACGUAGCCGCCGCUUUUAUAAUAAGCCUAUGCAUGGCCGAUUUACUAUUCUGUGCUAUAGUACUACCUUUCAGUGCCAUCAGAUUUUUUCAAGGUACGUGGACUCAUGGAGAAUUCUUAUGUAAGCUAAUACCUUUCAUCCAAUAUGGAAACAUUGGAGUAUCGCUGCUAUGUAUUGCAAUGAUAACAAUCAACAGAUAUGUUAUGAUUGCUCAUCACGCUUCGUACGCAAAAAUAUACAGGAAACAUUGGAUUGCUGUCAUGAUAAUAUUUUGUUGGUCAUUCUCCUAUGGUAUGCAAUUACCAACGCUACUGGGUGUAUGGGGAACGUUUGGUUAUGAUGAAAAGUUGGAAACAUGUUCUAUUAUGAGCGACCAGCAUGGUCGUAGCAGCAAGACUGCACUUUUCAUCACUGCUUUCAUUAUUCCCGCUUUGGUUAUAAUUGCUUGCUACACAAAAAUAUUCUGGGUUGUACGCCAGUCAGAGUUGCGACUAAAAACGCAUGCAAAUCAGCAAAACUCUAUCCCAAACAAUUUAAGACCUGUUCAAACUCCCACGGGCACAGUCAUGGGGAGCGAACAAAAUAGGAUAUCAUCUAACCUGGCUUCAGACAGUAGCUUCUCCACUGAUGCGAAACAGGACGCCAUUCAAAAGCCGUCUCGCAUCAAAGAUCAACGAGAGAUGAGAGCUAAACGUAAUGAGUGGCGUAUAACAAAAAUGGUGUUGGCCAUAUUUUUGUCAUUUGUAAUAUGCUAUCUUCCAAUAACGAUCGCUAAAGUAGCCGACAAAGACGUAGAUUAUCCGAACUUCCACAUAUUCAGCUACAUUAUGCUCUAUUUGUCAGCCUGUAUAAAUCCAAUAAUCUAUGUCAUAAUGAAUAAGCAAUAUAGGAAAGCAUACAAAACGGUAAUUAUGUGUGAACCCUCCAAAUUAUUGCCUUUUAGAAAAUCAACUGCUGGCGGAAGUAGUGCUGCAGAGAAAUGGAAAGAUACCGCAUUGAGCAACAACCACAGUCGAACAAUGGUGUCACACAUGUCAGUGGGAGAGCAACAAAAUUGCAACUCGGACCAUGUGCUCCAACCGCAACUGUGCAGUUCCAUGGAAUUAACGAACAAAAUGUUCACACAGAGUGUCUUGGAAACCACAGUGGAGGAGAACACAACAGCACAAAACAAGCAAAUAACUCUUCCUGCACCGCUCCACAUGCCACAAGCAUCCCCAUUGGUCAACCAUUCGCCGCUUUUCACACAAAGAGGCCCGUACAAGGAACUCCACCGAAUGGUAAUGGUAGGGGACGACAUCAUUCUAGAGGAAGAGGAAGAAGUGGUGACGCCACCUCAACCGGAACCAUCCAUCUACACAGAAGUAAAGACGAUAUCAACUAUGAACAGGGACAAUGUCCUGAAGAAAGUCCCAUAUUAUGGCCAAAACAUAAAUGCCACUCCCGAUAACGAUGUCAAACUUAUCGCUAAACCAAAAAUUUAAAAGACUACUUGAUAUGCUUUAAUAAUGUUACAAUAUUUUUACAUUUUACACAUAUAUUUUAAUAUACAUAUAUGAUUUACAACAUAUAAGUAGAAGUUAAGAAUAUGCGAAAUAACGAGAUAAAUUUAGUUUAACUUCCCAAUAGAGCAUUUUUUUUUGUACCUGCUCGAUAUUUUUACGAUUUUCCAACCAAGAAAAUGCAAAGUUUCAAUUUCGAAAUUCGGACCAAAAAGAGUUCAGAUGUAGUUUAAAAAUAUAUUAACUAAGAUCUGUUAUUUAAUCAGUAUUUUUACAAUAUGGAUUUCGAAUUAAGGUACAUUAUAAGCGUAAUAGUGAUUUUUUAUAUUUAACCACUCCAACAACAAUAUUUAAUUGUUUAUUAAAUUGUAUUCUAAUGUUUCUAUUACGAACGAAUGUGCCAGGAUUAUAAUAAAAUAAAAAAAAAAAACAUAUUUAUAAUAACUAAGUAAUGUUUGUAUGUUUAUGAUGUAAAUAUAUAAUGUCAUAUAUGUAUAUAAGAGUUAUAUUUACUUUUGACGAAUAUAUUAUUAAAUCAUAAGAUCCCCACAAUAUUUUUUGUAUAUUUAGUUAUAGGUAUACAUAUAUGUACAUAGAUAUUAAGUGAUCGUUUUAUAUACAUUCAUAGGAAUAUGUUUUAAUGCCCACGAUAUCGAAUAAUAAAUUGUAUAUAUUUAA